AUGGUCACCAGAGAUAUAUUUCAGGACUUUUAUUUCACAGGAUAUAACAGGUUGAGAACUAGGGAGAACGCUAAUAGUGAAACUCGUCAGACAAUGCUCACCCUGGAGCUGUUUGCGUUUGGAAGGUUAGAGCAUUACCACGAACAUCAAGAGCAAUUGUUAUCGCUGACCCCAAGAGAACUUGCUAAGCUUAAACAACUAACAUUGUUGGAUUAUGCUGCUGACAAGGUGUCAAUAGGAUAUGACGAAUUGAAACCUUUGCUUGGUUUUAACUGUAACGUUGAGUUGGAGCACUUUCUGUACCUGAUAAAUGAGACUUUAAUUCAUUUGAAGGUAGACGCACUAUCUCAGGUAGUGGAGAUUGAAACGUUAGCCCCACGAGAAGUGCUGGUAGAGGGCGACAACACCGUACCACUAGAGUUAUUUUCUAAAGAGAAUGUUAAUACCUCAAGAGGUUUGAUUAAGAAACUCGAUUUAUUCAAGAAAGACCGGAUCUUGAAAGUGAAUGAAUCUUUACAAAGACAACUAAAGGAAGUUGACCAGUACAGGACCAAAUCAGCGUCAUAA